AUGGUAUUCGGAGAUUCGAUCACAAUGAGAGCAUACGCAAUAUCCCAUCUGGAACAGUUUCAUUUCCACCAAAUCAUCGAAAAUCUUCCCGGAUUUUUCGAAUUCGAAUGGUUUCAUUUGAAUGAAGAGACGGAUUUCAAUAAUCUCCCUUGGGACGAGUUCAAAUGGCGUUGUUGUCUGUGUCCACGUAUCCAUGCACUCACUUUCAUCACACAAAUCACAAUGAGAAUGCACGCUUUGAGACAUAUCGAGCAGCAUCACAAGUUCCUGUUCACCGAGGAGUUUUUGACAUUCGAAUGGCUGUCUCUUCAGCAGGAAAUGCGCGCUUCGUUCGAUAUUCGUCAUUAUAUACCGCUACAGUAUACCAUUCAAAGAGAGGACACUUUUAAUGGAAGAGAUCCGAACGACUACAUGCUUCCUCAACAAUACUAUUUCCUUCCAAAGGAAUACGCGACGAACACAGUGAUCUGUGGAUUCUCUUAUCGAUCUUUCAGCCGAAUCGACUUUUUCCUUCAUAUUGUGAUUCAUGGAUUCAUAGUAGAUCAGAGCGUUUCUUGCGUGCUCCGACCCAUCACUCUCGACAUAAAAGUUCGCGAAUUGAUGGGACAAAACAACUAUUCGGAGGCGGGACUCGACGAUGAGCCCCUUAUGAUUCUGUCGGUUGAUGGAAAACGAUUGAAAGCGAAGAUGGAUUUGAUGAAUGAACGGAAAAGUAAUAUGUCGAGAUUAUCUGAUAUUACGACACCGUUUAAAAGUGAGAUAGAUACAGAUGGAGAGAUGUCGACGUCUCGCAGUCGAAAAUCGGCGAUGGAUGCGCGACGUCUUCUGACUGAAACCUUCAAAGUGCUCCAAGCAAACGCUCGAAAUCGGAGAGACACGUGGAAUGCCACGUCUUCUUCCUCUUCCUCAGAUGAUGAUGACAAUUCAGAAGACGAACGAUUCGAGAAGAAACUGGAAAUGGAAUCGACAACGAAACUGGAGAGAUACGAUAGAUCGAAAAGUAGAGAACCUUCUGCUCAGUUAGAGAAGAAAAAGGUGGAUAUAUCCUGUAUGAGACCUGCUGAAAUUCGAGAAUGGAUUAGGAGAGAAGCGAGGAGAAGAGGAGUCGAUUGGACGGAGGAUUCAGACGAAUCCACGUCUUCUGAUGAUGAUGAUUCUGGAGAGAAGACGUCGACGAUGGGGAAGAAAUGGGCGAAUAUGAAGUUGCAGGAUAUUAAAGAGAAAAUCCGUCAAGCGGCCAAACGAAGGAACGUGACACUAUCAAGCGGCUCAUCGAGUAGUGACAGUGAUAUGACCGAAAACUCCAUUGAAUUAUCCGAUUUACCACCGGAAAUCCUGCAAUUAUUGGUGGAAAAAUGUGAUUUAGUUACAAGACACCGACUCCGCGCUUCCUCUUCUCUCAUGUAUCAACUCGUCAAUUCCACUACACAAUACUUUGAUUUAGUAGCAAUGGGCUUCUUGGAUGGAGAUAUAAUUUUGAAGCUUGUAGUCGAACCGAUCGAAGAGCGUUACACUCGGGGAUUCCAGAAUAAUAAUACGGGCGGAACACUAGUUAAGUCCACUUUUCGAAAGCCAUUGGAGAUUGAAAACUCGGAUCCGUCGGAAAAAGCGGUCGACUGGUUCAGACAGAUGUGUCUUCAGAAAAACGUCACUAUCGGAAAGUUUAUGAUCCAUGCGAGCGACAAGACGAAAAAAUUGACAGAAAAACUCUACGAAGUUCUGGGGAAAAGUGAAAUUCCAUUAAAAAUCAAAUCGAUUCAUUGUUUGGGAGACGAAGCUGUAGAUGCGAUGUCGAAGAUUAUGUGGUUCUGUGAUAAGAGAGUGUUGAAAGAGAUGAGAGUGGGAACGUAUUCUGUUUGGGAUAUUUUCGAAUUGUUUGGAAAGCAGGACGAAACUGUGAAAAAUUUGGAGAAGAUUGAGAUCGACUCUCUCUGCAAUGCCUCCGAUGAAGACGUUCUAUCUCUCCAGGCAUCUGUGAUCUACUUGAGAUCCGAGAAUUUCACUGAAGAUUUGGUCUACAAACUCAUCGAAAAGUUCACAAACAGAAGGGAAGAUGGGUGUGCAUUCUGUAUUGAUAACUUGCAAAAACGAAAUUUGGAGUUGAAAAUGAUUCCGCCAGGAUUCAAGGAGGCGGGUAGUACAGAUCGAUUCAAAGAUUACCGCAACCAACUCAUUGACACCAACCACCCGACCGUCUACCUCAGUGUCAGUGAAGAUCGAGUUGCCCUUCAGAUCGGAUACACCAAAAAAGUGCAUUUCUGGAGUGAGAAUCGAGUAAUCGUUUUGAAUGAAUCCGAUUCCGACACAAGCGAUGAUUCUGAUUCUUCCUCUGGUUCGAACAGUGAUUCUGACGCGAAUGAGGAUGAUUUCGAUUCGGAUGACUCGUAUGAAGAUACAUUCGAUCAAGACGAUCAAGAUGACGACUAA